AGAGCGUUGGGUGUGUGUAAGGGGGUGUAAAAGUGCAACAGUUCUCCACAAACUAAGACGUAUUAAGACUUCUGGACCUGCUGUACCCUCUUCAUAAUUAUCCUACAGCUGAGUCGAGGGUGGAGAGAGCACCAGAAAGAAUAAGACAGAGAGAGAGAGAAGAAGAAAUAAGAGAUAAAGACCGCAGAGACAGAGAGGCGAGAGACGCAGAAGCAUCUGUUAUUCAAUCUCCAUCUGAAAAGGAAGCAUCAUCACUUCAACCUAUCUGUCCUCUCAUCAUGGCCCCUCCUUCUCUGUUGAUGUUGCUGACGGCGGUUGCCAUGGUAACUGGGGCCAAUUCAGCCGUCAGGGAGAAUGAACUGGAUUAUGGGUACUGGAACUAUAGAGAGGGAGCUGACAGUGUGAAUGUGGCCUCAGUGCGCAGUGUGACCAGAGUUUUAGACGCCUGGGGAAAACGCAUCUUCAAUGAGAUCAAGACCUUGCUGCACUCGCAGCCCAGCACACUGUUGCCUGACUACUCUAGGGUGCGCCCUCUGUCCGAGUCCGUGAACGACCUCUUCAGAGAAGUCUCCCUGCUGCACCGCCGCAUCACGGAGCUCUCCCAUCGCCUAGCAACACUGGAUCCCUUCCUCCGUCACCACGGCUACCGGGAGGAGGGGGAGGAGGCGGAGAGGGGCGACCAGGCUCUGGUGCUUCAGAGCCUGAGAGGAGGGGUGGGGAGCCUUGCCCGCGACACCCCGAGGACGACGGCGAGGGGCAGCCCUCCGAGGGGGAGCCGGGUGGUGAGCAGGAGACGGGUGAGAGUCCUGAAGAAUGGAGGAGUGAUGCUGAUUCAGAGUGAGAGAUAGAGACAUGGACAAACAUUCUCUGCCAGUAUGAUAUCCAUCUCUGAAGUGUAUAGAUUUAUUUUUUGAUUUAAAAUGAUGUAGACAUGUAUUAUCCCCUGAGAUCAGGAAUGUUGCAUUGUGAUUUGUAACUCACUUCUUUAAUAAACUUUUAUCAUUGUUA